AUGAAUUGUAUCACUGGAACACUCCUUCUGAUGCCGAUCCGUGAAUACCCCAAAGGGCUCUACGCGAACGUCUCUGGAACACUAAGCACACUUAAGGCUUUUAUUUGGUCGACUUACGAAUAUCCACGCCGGACUCUUCAUGAUUUUUUGCACUCGCAACUGAUGUGGGCGGUUACUGUGAUGAUCAUCUGUGGGUAUUGGAAUAGCGUCUUUCAGAUAUACGCGGACUCCAUUGCAGGGUUUUGGAAGUACAAACACCAACCGUUUGUGCUCAUGGAUAUUGCGUUUGACGUUCUCCCACACAUUGAGUCGGAACACAUUUCGGAUUACUAUUUGAAGUGGUGUAUCUACGCGACAGCAAUUCGGUUCAUGUUCACCCCCCUCCGUUUGGUUAUUCUUAGAAGAUACUGUUUUAUGCAAGCAGUAAUCUUCUUGUUGCGAGGAUUCAGUGUGUUUGCGACAUUACUCCCGUGUCCGAUGACUGGGUGUGUUUCUACUGCGGUUGGAAAUCCAUUUGUGGAAGCACUUUACAUCAUGCUUGGAUAUCAUAGAACAUGCGCAGACUUACUCUUCUCUGGACAUACGGCAAAUCUUACGAUGUGUGCUUUUAUAUGGGAAUAUUAUUGCGAAAAAGUACCUUUUUUUAAUCCAGUCUACGAAAGAGUUGCAUCGUGGAUUGCAGCAAUGGUUGGGUUUGUGGUGUUUUUGUCCAAUCAUUUCCACUACUCAUGCGACGUGUUUGUUGGGUUUGUGAUGGCGGCUCUUGUGUUCAAUAUGUACCAUUCAUAUGUACUUACCAUUUCUACAAGAAACAACUUUUUCAAUUCGUUUUUGAGGUGGUUUGAAGAGGACGCAGACGAAAUCCCAAAGCUUGUGAGACUCGCAUCGCGAAAAACUUUGACACAUUAA